AUGACACAAUGAAAAAAAAAGUUCACUGGAGAGAGAAAUUAAAUCACGGAAAAGAUAAGUGUUGCUGGUUCAUCUAGUCUGAGCCUUGAGAGCAGAAUCCGCUAGGCGAAGAGAGACAACAGUUGCCGAGAUAGUUUUUCGUGCCUUUUGUUCCCUGCACUAACGAUAUGGAGUCAGCCAUCAAGUCGCUGGUGACUGUGUAUCUGAAGUCCUCCCGGGGGAAGGACAACCUAGGAGAGAAAGACUUCCAGAAUCUGGUGAAGAAACAGCUCGGCAACAUCUUGUCUGAUACAGACAGCUCUGCCGCAAUAAAGGAGAUGAGGAAGGGACUGGACGAAAACCACGAUGGAAACAUCAGCUUCUCAGAAUACAUGUCUCUGAUUGGUUACGUGGCCAACUCCGUCAGCGAGAGCAAGUGCGCAUCAAACGCAGCAGCUUCAUAAAUGUUCCUCUGGCCAGUGCCUCUCGACAUGGAUCCUGUGGAGUUGCAGUGUGUGUUGGAUCAGCAAAUUAACCAUAGUCUUGUUUGUGCCUUAACCGUAUGAAUUUUCAUUGAAUUCCAACAAACAUCACAUGUUCAUUCUUUCACUACAGCCCAUUAUCAUUUUCCCAAUUAACGAGCAGGUUGUGUUAGGCUCUGAACUCUGUCUUCAUGUCAGUUUCAUGACCAGUCUUUUUAUAAGUAACACCAUAUUGGUCUCCACUGUCAGGGAUACAUUCAAGGACUCUCUGCUGAGCUUGUCUUUUUAUACAAGAACUGUUCAAAGUAUACUUCCUGUAUUUACAACGUAAUAAAACUUUAUAUUAAACCCA